AUGGAUGGUGAUACUUCAGAUCAUGUUGAGUUAAUUGAAUCUAAAGAUGAUAACGAUUCAGAAAACCGUCCGAUUAUGCUUCUAUUAAAAUAUCUUGUACGCAACAAGCAGGUCACGACUUUGACGAAUACACAUGAAUGUAUCAUUGAAAUGCUAAAACUCGAAUUUGAUAUUGAUAUAAGUAAUUGUCAUAAAGUUGAAUUAGACAUAUACGUAAAAAUAAUAAAGAGGUAUCUCAAAGUCUGGCCACAGUGGAAAGAAUUGGAACAUAUAUCGAGCAAGUUGAGCAACGUGAAAGACUUUGAUGCGUUGGCUAAAGUUCUGAAUCUCAAAUAUAAAAAUUUGAAAGAGUAUUUAGGUGUAAUACUCGAAACUGCCAAACCUUUAACAAAGAGGGCUGUUGAACAUGUAAAAGAAAUGGAAAAUAAGGAUAAAAAUAUUGAUUCAAGUGAAGUUGUUAUGGAGGUACAUUGUACGAGGAUGCAACUUAAUAAGUUGUUCUUCAGGAAACCACGUGCAGAUCUCCAGGAUUUAAUCUUCAAUAUAAAUCCAAUUAUCCCUUCUAGUUUUUGUCGAACCACAUUAACAUUUGAAUCUAUCCUGAAUUUCUGGUGGACGAGAAUCUAUAUUGAGUUACCAAACCUUUCUUACUGCCGAGAGCUUAUUUAUAACUACAAACAUACGCUUGUUAACAAAGUAAGAGCUGACAAACCGCCAGCGGAAAUUUUAGACACUCGGGUCUACAACAAGGCCAAAGAAGUCAAGGAACUGCCUAAACAAUUGAUUACUGAGUAUUUGGACAAGAUCUAUUUUUUGAGCAAGGAUAAGAACGUAAUAAAAUUACUAAAAAUACUAUUUCAAGUUCUGAAAACUGAUUUGAAAUAUUUGCCAGAUACUGUGAAAAUACCCUCAAGUUACAGAAAACACGCUAACAAAUAUAAUUAUGUUCGAUACUUAUAUGUUGAGAAUAAAGAAAGUGAUGACACCAAGUAUGAUUUGCAGUUGGAGGAAAUUCUAACUCCUUCACAUCAAAUAGUAAUCGGCAAAUUCUACACAUAUCUGAAGAAGGUUCCGCCUAUACAAGAUUGGCUCAAAAUUGAGUGUAUGAUGUGUAAAGUCAAGUUUUUUGGUUCUACAACGAUGAUGAGCUUGCUUGAGGCCCAUUUUUCUGAGUAUCAUCAACACGAGCCUGAUUGGCAGUGUCCUCAUUGUGAAAGAACGUUCAACAUUGCUUUUUUAUCGAAUAAUCGGUGGUGUCACGAAUGUUAG